AUGACAGCUCCAGAACUUACCCCAGAGCUAUCCCAGCUCUUCCAAAAGGUCGAGAGCAGCUUCAAGGCCACUGAGCUCGGCGACCAACGCUGGUACCUCCUGAUCAUUGCUUGCCUCUCCACUAGCCCCGACCCUGAAGCUGCCGCCGCUCUGUACCAGUACCUGAUCAAGCAAGACCCAUACCGGACUAGCGAGUCGCGACAUGCCCUCAUUCGACGUAUUCGCGAAGCACUGCUCAAAAGUGUUAUCCUCGUCGGCGUUUGCAAGCCUCUCGAAGCCAUCCUCGCCAUUAGUAAGGUCGAGAAGCCUGAGGAUCGUGAUUACAGCACCACACGAGAAGGAUUCCAGAUCAACGACGCAAGUCACGAGCGAGGAAAGGAUUGGUUCAAAAAGGUGUACACACGGAACGCAGGGGAUACCAUUGGCAUGUUUGACGCGCACAAGGACUUUGCAUGGACGUCAAUGGAGAUCACGUACGGGUUGUUCUUGUCCGACCGACAGGUCCUGGAUGACGUGGAUACGCAACUUGUGGUGCUGCCUGCCAUCAUGAGCCAGAACCUGCCACUGGAGACGCACUGGCACAUUAGAGGAACGAGAAGGAUUGGCGUGUCCAAAGACGAUGUUCAGGUUAUAUGGGAUAGCGUGAGGAAUGUUGCCAAGUUCUUUGGGGUGGAGUUGAACAAGGUGCCGACUGUGGAUGAGGUUGAGCCCGAUGUGUAG